AUGACUUCUAUGGUGGCACAAAUGCCCACUCCAUUCAUCUUAAGAUUGACCCAUUUUAUAUCUGUGUUUGGCAUAACGCCAUGGUACAACUUCGAGCAACAUAAACUGGUGCGUCCGAUGAUGUUCAAGUUUUACUCCAGCUUUUUGGUUCUUUUACUGGCAUCCUCGACCAUAGGAUUGGUCUGGUUACGAUAUCGCCUGAUUUUUAACUGUGAAUUUUCAUUGAAUACAGCUAUUGACAUUUUCCUUGACUUAGAGUCGCUAGUCACGGUGUCCCUACCAAUUGUAGUGACGUUCUGGGAUCCGCACGCGUGGGUGAAGCUGUACAAGGCUUACAGUCGAGUAGAUGCUUCUACAGAGACUGUAUCAUACGCAGGAAAUAGCGCGUUUAUGCUGAGAUACGCUGCGCCUGUAUUUGUUCUAGGAAAUGUUUAUUUGUUUUCUAUGCACCACAUCAAUGAUCUUAUCUUGAAGUAUAUAAGUGACUUUAGCGUCUACUACUUUUCAACUUUCGUGCUGAAUUAUUACGAGUUUCUAAUAGCGUUUACCAUCAUCGGCGUGUCGGCACUUAUUAAAUCGAAAUACCAGUGUAUAAACGAACUACUUGUUGCCCGUAAUUCCAACGGUGACUUUAUAAAAACCGCGAAGGAAGUCAGAAUAUUAUGGUUGAGAAUGGAAGACAUCGUUCAAGAUUUCAAUAGACUGUUCGGCUGGCCGUUGUUGCUACUGUUCUUUGAUUUUUUUCUGGAUAUAUUAACCGCUUUGAUUUGCGCUACCUUUGCGACGGACAACAGCGUUUAUCGAAUGGAAGGCGGUGCCGCUGUUGCCAAUGCCUUCUAUCUGUUCCAAUCUGCGAUCUGGUUGACGGCUAUAAUUUUCUGCUGCGAUUCGGUUGUGACUGAGACAGACGAGUUGCUGACGAACUGCUACAGACUGGAACAGACAUUGCCCCUGUUUUCCAAAGAGUUGGAGGAGCUGGACAGUUUGAAGAAGCUAAUCAGGAAUAAGAGACCAAAACUAACGGCUGCUGGUUUCUUCGAAAUAAGAAGAUCCACUUUGCUUUCUCUCCUGAGCACCACCACCACCUAUUUCAUUGUGGCUUUACAAUUCAAUUCCCUAUAA